UUUAACACAUAUGUAUUAGAUAUUCCAGCUAUAAUUUUUGACAAUAGACCAAGAGUCUGCAAAGAAGGCCUGUCUGGAGAGACUGGAUCCCAUCAUGUCAUCAGUUUUGUCAUGGGGCAUCCUAAAUUCAAUAUGCUUUUGCAGGAGCCAAUUAGAAAAAGUAUUUUGUAAGGAAGAAGUCCAAUAAAGUAUGAAGCCUUGCAUUUGCACUACCCCCAUGAAUAUGGACUGGUAACAGGAUAUGAUGACAUGGAGAAACUCUGGAAGUAUCUUUUUGAGUGGAAGCUGGAAGUAAAGCCCUGUCAAUGGCCUGUGCCCAUGACUGAGCCAUUCUUGAACCCAAGGGAAAUUUGAGAGAAGAUGGCAGAAGUGAUAUUUGAGAACUUCAAUGUGCCUGCCUUCUACCUGUCCAAUUAUACGGUGGUAACUCUAUACAGCUCUACCUCUGUCAUGGGACUAGUGGUAGACAGUGGGGAUGAGGUUACUUGCACUGUCCCUACAUUUGAAGGUUACUCCCUGCCUAAUGUUCUUACCAAGCUCUAAAUGGCAAGGAAAGACAACACAGAACAUACUACCUGGCUCCUACUCACUGGUGUGAGCACUUUCCCUUCCAUAUUUGACAAGGCUUUACCAGGUGACAUCAAAGAGAAGCUGUGUUAUGUGGCCUUGGAGCCAGAGAAAGAACUAUGUAAGAGGCCAGAUGAGACUGUGAGAGAAUACAAACAGUCAAUUGAGAAUGCCAUCUACCUGGGGCUCCUGGGUGGCUCAGUCGGUUAAGCGUCCUACUUCAGCUCAGGUCACCAUCUCGCGCGCGGUCUGUGAGUCUGAGCCCCACAUCAGGCUCUGGGCUGAUGGCUCAGAGCCUGGAGCCUGCUUCCAAUUCUGUGUCUCCCUCUCUCUCUGCCCCUCCCCCGUUCAUGCUCUGUC